CGACAGAACACCCGCCGUUAGCCUUCGCGCUGGGCGGUGUCAGUUCAGUUCAGGGGUGGGACCGUCUCAACUUCACAGAGCAGCUCAAGCUAGCUCACUUUAUCCGCCGUGUGUGAAGGACUCCGGGCGCAGAGAGCUCACCGCUUCGCUCAGCACCGCCUUUCCAACUCCGCAGGCCAGAAAAGGAUCACCUCCUGCUGUUGACCAUGUUUAGCUGGUCGAAGAAUAACGCGAAGAAGGACCCGGAGCUCUUCCAAAACGUGUCCGAGGGUCUGAAACGCCUCUACCGUAACAAGCUCUUCCCUCUGGAGGACACCUACCGCUUCCACGACUUCCACUCGCCGGCUCUGGAAGAUGCCGAUUUCGACAACAAGCCCAUGGUCCUGUUGGUCGGGCAGUACUCCACCGGCAAGACCACCUUCAUCCGACACCUCAUGGAGCAGGAUUUCCCCGGGAUGCGGAUAGGCCCCGAGCCCACCACCGACUCCUUCAUAGCGGUUAUGUAUGGGGAGCAGGAGGGGGUGAUUCCGGGCAAUGCUCUGGUGGUGGACCCAAAGAAACCCUUCAGAAAACUCAACGCCUUUGGAAACGCUUUCCUGAACAGGUUCAUGUGCGCUCAGUUGAAGAACGCAGUCUUGGACAGUAUUAGUAUCAUCGAUACUCCCGGCAUCCUGUCGGGGGAGAAACAGCGGAUCAGCCGAGGAUAUGACUUCGCUGCUGUGCUAGAGUGGUUUGCUGAACGGGUGGACCGCAUUAUCCUGCUCUUCGAUGCCCACAAGCUAGACAUCUCAGAUGAAUUCUCUGAGGUGAUCAAGGCCUUGAAAAACCAUGAAGACAAGAUGCGCGUGGUACUGAACAAAGCCGACCAGAUCAGCACGCAGCAGCUGAUGAGGGUGUACGGUGCCCUCAUGUGGUCACUAGGCAAGAUCAUCAACACUCCCGAGGUGGUGCGGGUCUAUAUCGGCUCCUUCUGGGCACAGCCUCUCCUGAUAGCGGACAACAGGAAGCUGUUUGAAGCAGAAGAGCAGGAUCUUUUCCGAGACAUUCAGAGUCUUCCACGGAACGCUGCCCUGAGAAAGCUGAAUGAUCUGAUCAAAAGAGCUCGUCUCGCAAAGGUUCAUGCUUAUAUCAUCACCUCACUGAAAAAGGAAAUGCCCAGUGUGUUUGGGAAAGAUUCCAAGAAGAAAGAGCUCAUUUCCAACCUUGGUGCCAUCUACGAGAAGAUAGAAAAGGAACACAACAUCUCUCCAGGUGACUUCCCCAACCUCAAGAAGAUGCAGGAACUCCUGAAUGGUCAAGACUUCAACAAAUUUCCUGCCUUAAAGCCCAAACUGCUGGAGAAUGUGGAAGACAUGUUGGCCAACGACAUCGCCAAGCUCAUGACCCUCGUGCGACAGGAGGAGGCUUCCAUGCCCAGCCAAAUUGUAAAGGGUGGUGCCUUUGAUGGAGCCAUGAAUGGGCCAUUUGGCCACGGAUAUGGUGAGGGUGCCGGAGAGGGCAUUGAUGAGCUGGAGUGGGUGGUGGGUCGUGACAAGCCAUCCUACGAUGAGAUCUUCUACACGCUCUCUCCUGUCAACGGCAAGGUGUCUGGUGCUGCCGCCAAGAAGGAGAUGCUGAAGUCCAAGCUGCCCAACACUGUGCUCGGCAAGAUCUGGACCCUGGCUGACGUGGACAAAGAUGGUUACCUGGACGACGAGGAGUUUGCUCUGGCCAACCAUCUGAUUAAAGUGAAGCUGGAGGGAUACGAGCUGCCCUCUAAGCUGCCUUCCCAUCUGGUGCCCCCCUCCAAGCGUGGCCAGGAGCUGCAGUAAGACGAUGAUGGUCUGCUCCUUCAGCUUCACAGCUGUGGCUCUCACCUCAGGCUUCCACUCCUUCAGCCAUUCCAUUUAUUUGUUCUAAAAGAGACCUCACCAAUCCUGUUCAUUUCAGUAUGCCUUCUUGAUUGUCCAAGGUAUCAUUUAGAGUAGCUGUUUCAGAUGAUAUGUAUGACUUUUUUUUUGUGCUUCUUGUACGUAGCAUCAAUCUUUUUUCAGUAUAUUCUUUUUGAGUAGGUUUUGCAACUUAUCUUUCACCUGGGAUCAGAGUCUUCCUUUUUUUCUGUUUGGGCCCAGUGUAUCUUAUUUUAACAGCAUUUAGCAUAUAGUAGCACUGGGCCACAUUUUAUCUAUACCGGGUCUUCAAAUUGACUUCUGAAGAUGGAGUGUUCGAGAAUGAAUAUCUGGAAUGGCUUCGGAAAUCCAGGAACUGUACUGAAAACCUGAGCUCUGGGACGUGAAACCAAAAAGAUCAAAUGUGCCAUUGAGAGACUGUAUUAGGGUUGUAUGUGUAAUGGGAACAGAGAUGCCACUUUCAACAGAGUUGUUCAAAAAGAGACUGCAAAAGGACUUUGGUACUAAGGCAAAGGAUGACCAUUUAGGGGGAAGUGUUGGUGAAAUUGCUAUGUGUUGUUUGGGGUGACUCAUGGAAAAAACAAAAAUGUGAAAUAACCUCACCAUUCACUUGAUUAGAAACACUUACCUUGUACCUCCCACUCACUGGCCUUUUUCAGAUCCACCCACAUUAUAGGCCAGCUAUAUUGGUGCACAGUUACAGAAUGUGGCCCAUCUGUCAUUCCAGUUCCUCAUAUUCAUCGCUGGUCAGUUUCUUACCACCAGGCUGCUGAUAGCAGACACUGACAUGGCAGUGAGUCAGUGACAUGGCUGUGUGUUUGAUGAGGUUUUUUUUUUUGGUGUGGUUUUUCACUCAAAAGAGGCUCAGUGGUCAGAAACUGGCCAGUGAUGAAGGAUCUGAGGAUGACAAGACAGGUAGAUCAUGACCUACAAGCUCCAGGUUUCAGGCUUCAGUCUCUAACUGUACAGCAGCAAGUUGGUCCUAGAAGGUAGGUGUUUCUGAUACAUUGGCUGGUGAGUGCAUAUGUAUAUGAUAUUCUACAAUAUAUCUCUGAUCUUUUUUGCAGACUUAAUUUAUUCUUCUUAAAAAUCUGUAUUUUUAUAUUUUAGGAAAUUUACAGCUAUGAAAUUUUCUCUUGAUUUAUAUACCUGCCUUUAUUGACUGUCAUUCCAGAUUUCAGUCUUUUCAGAGGUGUUGGGAUUUCAUAUACUUUAGCUCUUCUUACAUAGAAUUCUGAUGUUAAUCUGCUGAAAAAUAAAAAAAUGAUUAAUGAUAGUG